AAUGCAGGCGACAUCCUGAUAGCAAACAACGGCAACAAUCCUCGCUGGUUUAGUGUUUGCCCCAUUUCUUUGUAAAAUGAACAAAAAAGGACAAAAGGGUAAUGUUUCAUGGGUAAAGCCAGCAGAGCCAUCCUUUCUCAAGAAAUUCAAAAGUGAUGUCGGGUAUAAGGAAGGACCAACAGUCGACACGAAGCGACAAGAAAUGCCCCAGCCUGAUGAUGAUAGCGAUGGUAGUGAUCGGGAAGACGAAUUACCACAAAUUGUUGUCCUGAAGAAAGGCGAUCUGAGUGCUGAUGAAGUGCAGAACAUGAAGAAAGAGAAGGGUUCGACAAAGGACGAUGAACCUCCUUCAGAUGGCAAGAUCGUGUUUAAAAAGCCUGCAAAGCGCUCAUCCUCAGAUAAGUUCCAGGGCAUUUCCGCCAGUUCCAGCAAGAAGAAGAAGCAGCAGCAGCAGCAGCAGCAAGACGACGAAGACGAAGACGAGGACGAGAAGAGCGAAUCGAAAUCAGGGGCGAAAGUGAAAAACAAAAGUUUGCUGUCAUUUGGAGGUGAUGACGAGGAGGACGAUGAUUGAAAACGACUGCAUAUUAGCAACAGGGUCCUCUUGAUCGACAACAUUCAGAUGACUAAGCAUUCGUGUGGUUUAUUGUGUCGUUUUGUAUGUUGUGCUUUAUUUUCUAAGUUGUUUUAGAUAAUGUAAAUGGUUUCUCUUUGGAGGGACAUCCUCUGACCAUCUGGAUGAGUUGUGUGUGGUCGAAUUUCCUUAAACAAUGUAUUAACAGGUCGAAAGCAUCAUAUACACUGGUGAAACAAUAACUGAACAAGCACAAUGGCAGAUGCUUGCAGAACUCAACAUGUGAAGGCCAAAGGUUGAUACACUGCAACAAAGGAACGGCCUCUGCGCUUCUCAUUGGAUGAACACAUAUAGCUUCUACAAAGGAGCUGUUUUUUUUAAACAUGUUUUAUGAUUAUCAAUGUAUUUGCCAUCCCAAGAUUUGGGAUAGAAUGGGUUAUUAGUUGCUGGGGGAGGGGAGGAGAGGAAGGG